AUGAAACCCCACAAACUAAGCUGUGCAGAUUCUGGCUCUGAGUCUGAUUCCAGAGAUCCAGAGAAGUUUGAGAGUUCAGUACGCACCAUGCAACACCUAAAUAACCGGCCAGAGAAUCAACUAGGCAGCACAGUGGGAUGCGAGCUGGACAACUUCAGAAAAGGAGCCUGGGUGAAUCAGGCCUAUAACGGGUCUCCCCCAACUAUCAAAUGUCCUAUCAGCACCAUCUACAGCCCUCAGCCCAUGUUCCACAGCUCUUUGGAAAACAUGAACCAAGAUUGUGCUCUAACCAAGGACACAGAGAAGAAUCCUGAGCAGUUGGUCAAAACAAAAUUCAAAGAACUGCUGGUGUACAUUGUUUUCUUAGUGGAUUUAUGCCUGUUGACCUAUUGUAUGACCAGCAGCUCUACUUACUAUUACACAAAAGCUAUGACCGAUCUCUUUGUGAAUUUACCAGGAGAUGGUGGAGUCAGCUUUUCCUCCAUUGGCAGCAUGAAUGAUGUCUGGACAAAUGGAAAUCAGUCCUUUAUUUAUUAUGAGAACAUGUUGUUAGGUGUCCCUCGCAUCCGCCAGCUCAAAGUGAAGUACAAAUCCUGCAAGGUGCACAAAGACUUUCAGCAAGAAAUCACAGAUUGUUUCAAUGUGUACAUUGACAAGAAAGAGGACGACAGCAUGUUUGGACUGAUCAGUGGAACAGCCUGGCAGUACCACACAGAAAGGGAGAUCAAAGGGUCAAAUCACUGGGGGUUGCUGAGCACAUACAAUGGAGCAGGAUAUUACCAAGACCUCACAAAGACCAAAGAAGAGAGCACUGCUAUUCUGACAGAUCUCAAAGACAACCUGUGGCUUGAUCGUGGAACUCAGGCUCUGUUUAUUGACUUUUCUGCAUACAAUGCCAAUAUUAAUCUCUUCUGUGUUGUAAAAUUAGUGGUGGAAUUUCCAGCUACUGGUGGAGCAAUUACAUCCUACCAGAUUCGCACUGUAAAGCUGAUUCGUUAUGUCACCACCUGGGAUUACUUCAUCAUUGGCUGUGGGAUAGUGUUCUGUGUGUUCAUACUUUAUUGCAUUGUGGAGGAGAUUCUGGAACUCCGCAUCCUUAAACUGUCACAUUUCAGCAGCGUCUGGAACAUUCUAGAUUUAGUGGUGAUCCUGCUUGCUAUUGUUGCAAUAGCUUUCAGUGCAUUUCGUACCCUAAAAGUGAAUGAGUUACUUGGAAAGCUUCUAGAACAACCAGACAUCUAUGCUGAUUUUGAGUUUCUUGCAUUUUGGCAAAGACAGUACAACAACAUGAAUGCUAUAUUCAAGUAUAUCAGUUUCAAUAAGACGAUGACCCAGCUAACAUCCACCCUGGCACGGUGUGCUUUAGAUAUUUUUGGAUUUGCCAUUAUGUUCUUCAUCGUGUUCUUUGCAUAUGCUCAGCUGGGACACCUGUUCUUUGGAACAGAAUUUCGAAUUAUCCUUGGGGGUUUUGACUAUAAUGCCAUUGACAGGGUAAACAAAGUUCUUGGACCCAUAUACUUCUCCUAUGUGUUCUUUAUGUUGCUGAACAUGUUUCUGGCCAUUAUUAAUGACACAUACUCUGAGGUGAAGUCAGAGCUCGCUUCUCAGAAAGCCGAAUUCCAGAUUUCAGACCUCAUCAAACAGAGUUAUACAAAGACUUUCAUGAAACUGAAACUUAAAAAGGAAAAGAUCUCUGAUGUUCAGAAAGCUUUGGAUUUAUGCUCAAAUGACCUGGAGUUUAAAGAUUUCCAAGAUGCAUUGAAAGAAAUGGGCCAUGAUGAUCAGGAGAUCUCAGCUGCUUUCAACAAAUUUGACCAAGAUGGGAACCAGACGUUGGACAAGCGGGAGCAGGAGAGAAUGAGACAAGAUCUGAAGGAAAAAAGGGAUGCACUAAGUGAAGAGCUUAGUAAUUAUGGAAAUACAGCAGAGGACAAUAGAGAGAACACAGAGGAGUUUCAAAGGAUCACGGCCAGCUUUAGGAGGGAAUAUUCAUGUAAACCUGGAAAGAGUCCUGGCACAAAGGCCACCAGCUGCUCCAGUGGGAAAUGCGAGGAAUCGUUUGUUCCCAGAUGUAGUACGACCAGUCAUCACAGAGAACAGUAUUUCUGCACGUCACUGAUUCAACAAAACCUGAGUUUUGAAAUAUGCUAAUACAGGAGGCUUAAUCCAAGCCUGAUCUGUGGAUAUACAGACCCAGAAUGUGACAGAAGAGAGUAUGGUAUUAUUUUAUAAAUGUACCCUACAUUAGCACUGAAACAGAAAUAUGCUUAUCAUACUGACUGUUUAACGCUUGUACAUUUACUGUUGCACUUCUGGAAGAGGUGAUAUGUCUGGCAGUUUGAUUCAAUUCCACAGUACGGCAUGAUUAAUGGUUCUUGGACUUUAUAUCAAGCCAGAACUCUUCCUCUCUGUUAAAACAGAGCUUUCAUUAUUACUAUUGAUUACUGUGAAACAACUGUUUAUGUACAUGACGUGAGCUAAAAUCGUAAUUUAAAUGAAAGCUGAGAUAAUUUCGUAUGUCUGUUGAUAUUUAACCACAUGGCAAAUUUACAGAGUAAAUAGUUGGUUCUUGUAUCCUUUCCCAUCUUAUAUUAUGGAAACUUUACAAAUAGCUAAAUUUAGAAGGAACAGCAUGACAGUCAUGGGAAAGUUCUCAUUUACUUUUAGAGAUAUCUUCCUGGACAUAAUUGCUUUAUCUUGAUCUGGACUUAAUUGUUCUAAAUGUAUUUUAUUGUGUAAAGCAUAUCAAGGGUAUUCUCAAAAUGCCAUAGUUUAUUAAUGAAUCUUUGCACAACGUAGCUAGAUCAUGUGUAUUUAAAAAAAGAUGUAAUAUUUAUCUUUUUUCCCUCCUGUUGAACAAUAAUUAUAGGUAAAUAAAUACUUAAAAUUGCAAAACAAAUGGCUUCCUAAUUUACUUUUGCACACCAGAGCAUAAAUCAAAAUAUUUCUUGUCCAAUGGUUCAUUUAUUGAGACUCAUUUAGACUAAAAAGAAAACUUUAAAUGCUAAGUUGUAUUCAAACAUCUCUGCCUUUUACAUUCAAUGCUUUGAGCAACCUCAAUAUUAUGGUUCGAAACAUGCAAUUCCUUACUGUCCCCAGGACAAAAAAAAUAUCCAAACUUCUAUUUCUCUGGCUACUCAAAAAUGGCACGCAUAUUUGUUAAAACAGCAAAGGGACGGAAUUUACACGGAUGGCUCUAAAAAUCAAUGAUACAGCUUUUUACAAGGGUCUCAAAGUGUUAAACUGAAUUGUGUGACUGACCAAAAAUUAAGGCUUUCUUGUGAAAUUCACUGAAUCGGUUCAGCAUGUCAGUCACACAUUAAACAUUUGUCUAACAUACACCAAUCAGCCACAACAUUAAAACCACCUGCCUAAUAUUGUGUAGGUCCCCCUCGUGCCGCCAAAACAGCACCAACCCACUUCUCAGAAUAGCAUUCCGAGAUGCUGUUCU